AUGGCCUUCGUCCAGAUUAUUGCGGUAGAUGAUGUCCUAGGGGCUGAUCUCACGCAGCAGAAGGAACUGAAGGGCCGCAUGCCUACUCCUCCCGGUUUUGAUGAGCUCACUGAUCAACGGCGUGAUACUCUGCCUGAUGACGGUGACUUUGAAGAUCAGGAGCUAUGUGUGGAGGGUGAUGAAGGAGCAUCAUCUGAGGAAGAAGCUGAAGAAAUCGAGCCCGCAUCCCACUCUAAGCCGUCUGCAGUUAGCAUGGAGAUUGAAAUUGGUGAGGCCUACAAGCCACCAAAAUCUUGCUUCUCUAGGGGUGAAAUUAAGAUUGACGACUCGGCUAUGGAACUUGCCAAGGAGCGUUUCAAACGCAUCCUUCGUCGCCUUACCGAAUUUCACUCUGAGCAAGUUUUGUAUAAACCAUAUGUAAAAAUGGUGCAGGGAAUGAAAAAUAGGCGUAGUAUCAUCUUGCCAAUCGAUAUUGCACAGAAACUGGCUAACUUGAAACCUGGCCAACUGCCUGAACCAUUGGCAUGGGACUUAGGCCGUUACCUCUCCAGAGUAUUAUUGAAGGAACACAUCGAAGAGCUUGCUGAACCUUAUAGGAGCAGAAAGGAGUCUACUAUUCGUAGCGAUCUCUGGAAUUACGUUUUUAAGGCGCUGACAUGGCCCUGGGCGCUGAGAAUAGAAUAA